CCGAGAAGCGGAGACACCGCUAUGUAAAAUGGCGGCUUGAACGGCUCGUUUGAAACUACACGCCGCCGUUACCCGUGAAGCUCGUUUUCUACCGAUUCUGAGACGGUCUGUGUUUCCCGGAGCUCUCGAGGAGUCACUCGGAGGCAGAGGUUGGAAUUUACGGUCCAAAAAUCGGCUGGUCCUGAUCCGGUCCGGUUGUGUUGCAGGGCUGGUGGGAUGGCGAAGAGGAUCGCGGACAAAGAGCUGACGGACAGGAACUGGGAUCAGGAGGAGGAGGGAGAGGAGGCUGGAACGUUCUCACUAGCGAGUGAAGAUGUUCUGAAGAACCGGGCGAUAAAAAAGGCCAAACGCAGAAACACAGGAGCAGAGGGUGAGAGCGGAGCCGCGUUUAAAGGCUUUAAAGGUUUUUCUCUGGCUGCAUCGAGCGGAGGAUCUUCUCCCGCCUCCUUCUCAGGCUUCGGUAACGGAGGAGGAGGCUUCAAAGGCCUCGGAGGCAUCGCCAACGGCAACAGCAGCAGCAGCAGCAGCAGCAGCAGCAGCGCUCCUUCAUUCAGAGGCUUCGCUUCCCCCGGCAUGACCACGCCGACGGGUCUAACGUUCAACGGGCCUUCGUCAUCAUCCUCCUCCUCCAACACGGACGCCACCAAACAGACCAACGGCGCCUCCCUGAGCCUCAGCAGUACCAGUACUAGUACCAGUAGUAGUACUGGUAGUAGUAGUAGUAGUAGUAGUAGCAGCAGCAGCAGUAAUAAGGAGUACAGCCGGCAGCUGACGGCGCUGAACUGCUCGGUGAGGGACUGGAUCACCAAACACGUCAACGACAACCCUCUGUGCGACCUGAACCCCAUCUUCAGGGACUACGAGCGCCACCUGUCCAGCAUCGAGCAGCGCUACGGGGCCGCCGCCUCAGACGGAGGCUCGGACGACAAGAAGCCCACGGCCGCCCCCCCUCCUGCCCCGUCCUCCUCCUCCAGCUCCUCCUCAGCUCCUCCCGCCUCCUUCUCCUUCAGCAAGAAGCCCACAGACGACUCCGCCCCCGUCCCGCCCGCCGCCACCUUCAACUUCGGCCAGAAGGUGGACAGCUCGGUUCUGGGCUCCUUGGGGUCCAAGUCCACCCCCCCCAGCUUCUCCUUCUCCUCCUCCUCCUCCAGCCAGACCUCCUCCCUGUUCGGAGCUCCAGGUUCUGCUCCUGCGUUGUCCUUCGGUGGAACCAAAGCCCAGGACCCGAAGCCGGCAGAUGAGAACGGAGACGAGGAGUCGGAGGAGCCGCCCAAACCUGAAGUCAAGGAGGUGAAGGAGGACGACGCGUUCUACUCCAAGAAGUGUAAACUGUUCUAUAAGAAGGAGUCGGAGUUCAAAGAGAAAGGAGUUGGAACGCUGCACCUGAAAGAGACGAGCGACGGAAAGACUCAGCUGAUCAUCCGCGCCGACACCAACCUGGGGAACAUCCUGCUGAACGUCCUGGUGCCGUCCUCCAUGCCGUGCUCUCGGGUCGGGAAGAACAACGUGAUGGUCGUGUGCGUCCCGAACCCGCCCGUGGACGACAAGAACCCCAGCGCCCCCGUCCCCCUCCUGGUCCGGGUCAAGACGGCCGAGGACGCCGACGAGCUCCACCAGACGCUGGAGGACAAGAAGAAGAAAGGCUGAACCCCCUCAUCCCAUCGUCCUCGUCCCCUCGUCCUCGUCCUCACGUCGUCUCCACUCUGCUAGAAUCUGGUCGUCAUACUGUGAAAGAUUUUAAACAUUUACGUCUCCUCCGCCCCCCCACCAGCAGUCUGACGGUUUUAAUUUAAUCCUCCUCCUCCUCCUCACCCCCCAGCUCUGUUAUUAUUGUUUUUUUUUAAGGGGGGGUCAGAAACAGGGUCAGAUGAUUUGGUUUUACUGAGGAAACACUCGCGGUGGAUCUGGACCCUGUGAACGAAUCAAACGCACCCACUUCACUCUGUUGUCUUUUUCCAAGUGUCCUUUAGUGUGGCCCCCGGGUGGGUGGAGCCUCUGGGCGGGUGGGUGGAGCCUCUGGGUGGGGGGUGGAGCCUCUGGGCGGGUGGGUGGAGCCUCUGGGUGGGGGUGGGGGCAGCUGUCCCUGUCUCAAACAUUUGUAAAAGACGUUUAUUGGAGAAUAAAAGGAAAGAAACAACGAAACAAAAA